AUGGGUACGGAAUACAAGGGGUGUAGGACAAUAGCGGACGUGGGAACAAAGGGAGCUAUUGUCCACCAGGCGAGCCUCGAGUUUACUAUCCUUGACGAACUCGAGCAUUGGGUACUCCGUGACGACGGGUACGAUGCGGACGACGAACUACCAUCACUCGUCAACAUCGAGCAAGAAUCAUCGGCAGGCAACCCCUCAAGCCCCGAACCACUAGACAUCUUCUCCUUCCUUACGAGAAUUCGGGACAACGCGAGCGCGUUGUACGACAUCACCAACCACCACCCAACCCUCACCCCGAUCUCCGAGCAAGCACACAUCCAGGUUCUCAUCGAACAGGUUCAGCAGGUCGUCAACACCCUUCACAAUCUCCAAUGGCUCGUCAGCCCACCCCUUCCCCCCAUCCCCGUUAGCCACGACCCAGAAGAACACCACGGAUCCAGUUACUUUGCUGCUCGAAUUCGCAAACAGGCCGAGAAUCUUCGUAACGUUCAGAGUCUUUUGGACCCGGACUUCGCCGAACACUGCCGACGCCUACAUCUACUCAUUGGGGCCAGGGAACUAUACGAAUCUCACCGUCGCAUCAUUCGAAACGGAUACGAGUCCCCUGACGCUAGUUCCGAUUCCGACUAUUCGGCGAGUCUACGCAACUUCCACCUGGACUAG